CUCAUCCGUCGCACCAUUUCAACGCCGCUUUCCUUGGAAAUAGAUGGACGGUCCUCACACCGUCCUUAGCAUCGCCGCACCCUCGUUAGGCAUAGGGUUAGGUCGGUAGGGCAGCGGCGAACCACCCUAACAUGAACCACCAGAUCCCCCCCUCGGAGCUGGCGGAGCUGGCGGUGGACGCGGACUACCUGCGCAAGGUGGGCGCCUUCAUCCGCCAGCGCCGCCUCGACCUGCUCGGCCCCGCCAACAUCGCGCCCGUCUCCGCCGUGCAGGUCGCUCCGCCGCGCCACCCACCAACCGCUGCUGUACCGCCCUCCCUUGCUGGGCCCGCCGAAUCCGCUGCAUAUGCCGCAUCCGCCGCUCGUGUCGGCGCCUCCCAUGCUUCUUCCGCUCAAGUCGCCGUCCCCCAUGCAUCCGCCACUCAAGUCGCCGUCCCCCAUGCAUCCGCCACUCAAGUCGCCGUCCCCCAUGCAUCCGCCGCUGUUGCCACCGGGGUGUCCCUGACCGCCAGUGCGGCCGGCCUACCCGCCGCCGAGUCAACCGCGCCUCCGCGUCUCGCGCGCCCCCCGUCGCGCGCAGAUGCCAUCGGGAUUGCCGCGGCUGACGGCGCUUCCUCCGCCGUUGGAUCGUCGACGGGGCCGGCGAUCAACGGUGCGCCGGCGGUUGCGCUUGACGCAGGCAAUCGGAGGGCCAACGGCAGCGACGGCGGGGACACGACGUCUGAGAGGGGCGUCACUGCUGCUGCAGCGCCUAGAGUCAUACCGCCUACAGUCAUACCGCCUACAGUCAUACCGCCUACAGGUACACCGCCUUCAGUGAUUGUGCCUUCAGCGGCUGCUUCUCCUGCUCCUGCACCCGCCAACGCUCCCCAGCCUGCCAUCGCUGUUGCUCCUCACCUUUCCACGCUUGCAGCGCCUUCAACCAACCCCACCGUGAAUACUCUCGCCUCUGCCACGUCGGCAGCGAAUCCCGUUGUGACAGCUGUCCCUACUGGUGGCGCGGAUGCAGCUGCCGCGUCCGCCGCCCCCGAGCCCUCUGCUGCUGCAGCCCUCCGUGCCCUUGCGCCGUCGCUGCCUGUUGCUGCCACAACGAGUCUUGAGGCACCCCAACGCACGCCUGUUGCUGCCACUGCUAGUACAGCCGCGCAGCAGCAGCAGGGCGCGCAAGCGCCGCACAUGGCGGGCGACCGAGACGCGCACAGGCAGGAAGGACGUCAGGGGGGGCGGCAGGGAGGGUUGCAUGGAGAUGGGAAGGAGCAUGCAGGGCGGGGGGGAUGGGGGGGGAGGAGGGGAAGCGGGCGGAGGGGUGGGGGAGGGAGCGGGGGAGGAAGAGGGGGCGGAGGUAACAGGAGGGGAGGGGGAGGCGGAGGGGCGGGAGGGUCGUCUGCAGGGGGGGGGCGGGGAGGGGAAGCAGAGGACAGGGGGGGAGAGGAGGAGGAAGUGGUGGAGGGGGGAGAGGAGGCGGGUGGAGGGGAGGAGGGGGGAGAAGGGGGGGAGGGAGUAGGUCGGCGGAUGGGGGAACAGCACCAGGGGCGUCGGGGGAAGAGGAAGAGCAGUGGGACGAGUGUGGAGGUGAUGGGGAGGGGCAGGAAGGGGAGUGGGGGACUGGGGGGGGAGAUGGCAGCGGAGGUCGAGGAGAGGGAGCGCACGGACGGGGGCGCUGAUGGGCAGAAGCAGGGGGAAACAGAUGAGAAGGGGGCGGAGAGAGGCGAGAAGAGGGACGGACGAGAAGGCGAGGAGCAAGAGGAAGGGGGAGAAAGGGAGCAAGGGGAGAACAGAGCGGAGGCAGAGCAAAGAAGGAGCGGGAACGAGGGAGGGGAAGGGAGUGAGGGAUGGGAAGGGAAGGAGAGACAGGGUGGGAAGGACAAGGGAGAAAGGGCGCAGGAGAGGGAAGGAGAGUAUGCGGCAGGGACAACAGGCAGCAGCAUGUAUGGUGGCGUGAGUGGUAGUGCGAGUGCAGCUGCGAGCGGCAUGUGUGAGGAGGAUGAGGCAGGUGCUGUGAGGAGCGGAGGCGCACAUGUGGCCUUGGCUUCUGCUGCUUCUCUCCCAGAGGCUGCUGCUGCUGCCACUCCGCCUGCUGCUUCUCCUGCUGCUCCUGCUUCUGCUCCCGUUGCUGCUCCCGUUGCUGCUCCUGUUCCUGCUGCUGUUGCUGUUGCUCCUGCUGCUCCUGCUCCUGCUCCUGCUCUUGCUGCUCCUGCUGCUGCACAGAGCAGUGCAGAGAGCGGCACACAGUGCGCUCCUGCUGAGCCUGAGGCGCGUGAGGAGCAGCAUGCAGGCACAGCACCAGCGACAGCACCAGCGACAGCACCGCACACGCACACACUCGUACGAGCAGCGGACUGGCGUCCCCCCACCAGCCUGGAAUCUCCUUCCGUCCUUCCAGCAGCACCCACUGCUGCUGCCGUCCCUCCUCCUGCUGCCAUCGUGUCACUCUCCCCUGCUGCCUCCCCUCCCACCGCCAACCCUCCAUGCACCCCUGAACCUCCAUGCCACUCCACCUCUCCCUGGCCCCCCCCACCCGCGACUCUCGUCCCUGUGGACGCGUCUCAGCACCUCACUCUCUCCCCCGCUGCAAGCACGGCACCUGGCGCCCCUCCCUCCCCUGCCGUGCCACCGGCUGCCCUUCCAGACAGCAUUCCAGAAGCAGAGAAGGGCAUUCUAGGGCGGGGCCACGGGCCCCCUCUGCCCCUUCCACUGCCUCUUCCCCUGCCCCUUCCGGUCACGGGCCCGCUGCAGUACGGGCCUGGGAAUUGGCACGGGGUUGCGCCUGAUGCUGCAUGGCUGAGCAUGCCUGCUGGCAUGCCCAUGCUGGGAGGGGACGCCAUGCCCAUGCAUGCGCCCAGUCCAGCCAUGGGGUUGGGCAUGGAGGCGGGAAUGGGGAUGGGUAGGGAGGCAUGCAAGGGUCUCAAGGAGAUCGGCCUGCAGUCCGUCCAGUACCAGCGUGACACGUGGCGCACCAUGAAUGGCAGCACGCAGCUGGCCCUGGAGGAGCUCAUGCGAGAUGGGGUGUAUGAAGAGGAAGAGGAGGAAUUCGAGGAGGAGGAUGAGGAGGUGGAGGCACUGCAGCCGCGGGCUCUGCCAGUAUAUGGCGAAACCUGACUUCUCCCAGCCACACCCCCUCGAUGGUCUCGAGUACUUGCGCCGAGUCAGGUGAUGACUGCUCAGCAUGGACUUUCAGGUGUAGGUUCAGGAUUCAGGGGUUGACGGUUUAGGAAGUAGGCUCUAGGCUUUGGGUUAAGA